CACAGACCAUAAUCCCAGAUAAUCUGCCUUCACUGAAAGCCUGCAGUCAUGGCUGCACCGAGGGAGAAUUUACUGUCUCUUGGACAUUUGACCAGCUCCGAGAGAAAUACUUUCACCAGACAAAGAGAGCACUGUCUGAAAAAGAGUACCUAUGAUUCACUGCUGUUGCAGAGAGACAGACACCUCAGAGUGAUGCACCUGCAGCAGCAGUGGCAGCACCUGAAGGAGAGAGAGCAUAAAGCACAGGAACACAACAGACUGCUUCUGCUGCAGUUUGACAAAGCCCAGGACACACUGAGAGAAAUGUUGUCCUGCAAUGCUGCCAUGAAAAACAUACGGAUGGAGUAUGAGAAGCACCUGGAGGAACGUGUCCCAGAGUGGCAGCAGCAAUUCAAGAAGAAAUCAGAGGCUGCACAGAUGAAGAAAAUGGAGGACUGUUUCAGUUCAUAUCUGAAGACAGAAGCAGAACAAAUGGCAAAGUCACCUGCAGGACAUACAAGAUUGCCAGAGAAAGUUUCUGCACCUCAAGGGAACAACAAUCAAAACAGCCACACAGACCACAACCAAGAGAUAGCUUAUUUUCUCUCUACCUGGCUCACUCAUCUGCAAUCCCAGACAGCUUGUCUUCCUUUCACAGAGCCCGGUCAACACCAAGGUUCCUCUCAUGUCCCUCCAGCUUUUCUGCCACCACCCUCCACCUUCCCUCACCCCCAUCACCUGUGGCCAAGGCAGGAUCCACCAGACUGGGCUUCCCCUCAGCCCAACCUACCCCGGUCCUGGACUGCAAGAGCUCCAAGGAUCCCCUCAGAGUUCGAGGGCCUGUGUGGUCAACUGAACAUGGAGGAGUCACCUUGUGAAAGGGAAAUGAGCUCACACAGAGAGAGAGUUGGUGGAGGCAAGAGCAGUCACUUAUCGCAGGAGCUGGACAUUAAUCCAGUGCGUCUGUGCAGUGGCCAUGCGGAGAACAGUGACAGUGGCAGAGAUUUCAGUCAGGCGGGUAGAGAGAAGAGGAAGAAGAAAACGCGGCACGUCUCUUCAGACCGAGGGAGGUGCAGCUCUGAGGAGUCAUGUAGGACUUCCAGUGCAACGGUCACCUCUGAACCCGCAAAGGUCCAAAGAUCAGAGAGCAGUGGCUCAUCACAGAAAAGCAGCACGAGAGGUAGUAAAAGGACAAAGAAGAUAAGAGGGGGAAGUGCUGCUGGAUCAUCGUGGAAAGAGGAGGUGGCAAACCAAACGCCUAAGAUAGAAGGAAACAGCUCUGAAGAGGAGAGCUUCUCUGCUGCUGGGGAGUCAGUGAGUCACAGUGGGGGAUCAACGAGUGAAGAUGCAGAGAAUAAAAACCCUUAUGAUCAACCAGAAGACAGAAAGGAGAAAUCAGAAAGUGUAGGUGUGAAGUUGGAACAUGGAGUUGGAGAAAUGGGAACACAGAAGAGUGAACAAAGCACUGCAGAAGAAAAGGAUGAGGAAGAGGCGUGCAAGAACAAUCAUGAGGGAGAAGAUGAAGAUGGUGAGGAAAGGGUGGUCAGUCUAAGCGAUGAAGAGCAAGAGGGGAGACCUGUGGAAGAUGAUGAUGAGGUUCCUGGCAGAAAAAGCACAUCAGGGGAAGAAGAGGAGACGGGAACCGAGGAUGAGAUGGAAGAUCAAGGAGAUGAUGAAGGCAGGUCAAAAGAUGAACAUGGUAAUAACAGAAAAGACGAUUCUUCCUUCUCUCAGGAUGAAGAGGUAGAUGAAAGUGAUGGGAUCAAGACAGGUGAGGAGGAAGAGUCUGAUGAAGAGGAGGAAGAGGAACAGAAGGGUGGCAAAGCAGAGGACAGUGACUCAGAUGACAGUAUCAUCUCACCACAAGUUCACAGACCAAGACAGAUGCAUGUUAUUCCUGAGGAAGCAGCUGAAGAGGAAGAUGGUGGUGGUGAGAAGGAGGAUAGUAUAACAGGAUCUUCAGAUCAGGACUCAAUUGAAUGCAGUGAUGAUGACAUUGAGAAUCUCCUCGCACCUCAAGAGCAAACAAAGAAAGUAGAAAACAAACAGAAUAUGGACACGAAACCAAAAGCAUCUUGUGACUAUGAGGAGAUUUCUCAAGUGGAGCAGUACAGUCCAGCAAAGUCUGUUUACCACAGUGACUCUGAUGAGUUUGAUCACUUUUAUGAUUAAUGUUUUUUCUUAUAGCAAUAAAGAUAGAUAUUUGAUUUAAAUUAAAAUAUAUAUAUCAACUAUAAUGACACCAGAACAUUAAACUGCAUUACUUUCAUAUUCAA